UAAAAUAUUAUUUAGGUGAUUUUGUAGUUUAUAAAGAAUCUGCAAAAAAUAGAAUUGGUCGAAUUUUAUCAAUCAUUCAAAAAGAUGGCUACCUUAACAUUAAUAUUCAGCGUAUUUUAAUAUUUGAAGAAUUACCAAGAAAUUUGCAAAGUAAUAGUCAUAAAGAAAGAUCAAUAAAAGGUGAAAUAUGGAUGUUAGAUCGAAAUGUAGAUAAUGCAAUUAAAACUAUAGAACUGCAAAUAAUUAUUAAACAUAACUAUACUAAAAUUUUAUUGAAAAAACGAAUUCCACAAAGAAAUAUUGAAAACUUGAUACCACCAGAUUUUAAAGAACAAUUGGAAUUAUGUUAUGAAGAUUUAGGAUUUAACUCUGAAUAUGAUGAAGUAAGUUUUUCGAUUGUACAUGCACUAUUUCGUCAUAAGAAGGAUAAGCAUUAUCUCACUUUUAUUAUUAUUGACUGGUUCGAAAGUACAAACCAAACAAAGCUAGGCUGUCCAUUGUAUAGACUGGAAACAACAAAUUGUUGCCAAAAAAUCUUUCCUGUUAGUGUGGUUAAGGCAGUUAAUACAGUGCACUUUGUUCACAAUUGUAAAGAUGAAGAAUGUAUUGAAGGUCAACCAAAUGAUUUAUAUAUUAGAAAUUUAUACUUUUUUAAAGCUAUUUAA